AUGACGCACCUAGAGAGAUCGGGACGCGCGUCACCGUCCCUUGGCACUGGACAAAUCACAAAAUGGACUGUCAUCAACCAAAUGAUGCGUGAAAAAAAAAUCGGAAUACUAUGUUUACAAGAGACACACCUCACAACUGAGCACGAAACACAAAUUGACAGCCUCUUCUCGCGAAGACUUGUCGUCCUUAACUCAAAAGACCCUGACCGCCCAAGCUGUUCUGCUGGAGUAGCUUUUGUGAUCAACAAAGAAAUGAUAAAUGUAUCAUCAGCAAAACUCACCACAAUAAUCCCUGGAAGAGCCAUAGCGCUCUCUAUAAACUGGCAUAAUGAAAAAAAAAUAAGAAUCCUCAACGUCUACGCACCAAACAACUUAAAUGAACAUGCCGAAUUCUGGAACAGAAUCAGUACACUCUGGACCGCUAAGAACCUAGAACACCCUGACUUUGUCAUGGGAGAUUUCAACCUAACAGAGGACCCCAUCGAUAGAGCUCCUGCGCGACGCGAAAACGAGUCCGCGACUGAUGCCCUAAGAGACUUUAGAAUAUCUUUAAACGUACAAGACCAAUGGAGACAUACCUUCCCCAAUAAACGUCUAUUUACAUUCAGUAGUAACACAAACACAUUCUCGCGACUUGACAGAAUAUACUCCUCACCGGCACACAUAGACAGCCUCUCAGACUGGCAAGCCAACCCAUGUGCAGUCCCAACAGACCACCAGUUAGUACUAGUAAAAUUCGCCCCACCAGGCCUACCACAUGUUGGAAAGGGCCGAUGGUCAUGGCCCCUAGGGAUCAUAACAGACAAAACACUAAUAGAAAACAUCACGAGAAUCGGAAUUGAGUCACAAUUAACCAUCGAACAAUGCGCCACUCACCGCACAGAACAGAAAAACCCGCAAACGGAAUGGGAACAAUUCAAAGAGAAAAUAACCAAAACUGCAAAGGAAAUCGCCAAAACGCAAUUAGCGAAAAUCAACAUGAGAAUAAAACAACUCACUAAAGACCUCACUAUGACAACAAACAGUAAUGACAUAGACACCUCAGAAGACAAAAGACUCCACCAAAUAAAAAUGCGCACCUCAAAGCGCAAGCAACAUGGACGUUGA